CGACCUUUCAUGUGGAGUGAGACGUGUUCGAACAACUUGUAACCGUUAGAUCUCCAUCCUCACCACAAAGCCUUGUGAUUAGGUCCAAGCCAAUCACUAACUAACCUACGCCUUCCUUCCCGACUGUGUACCAUCGACCCCCUUCUAUUUCACUCCUCCUAUAAACCCCAGGGAGAAGGCAAGAAAACAACCGCGUACGCUGCCAAUGACAUCCCCGAUGCCGCGCCGGCCCCGCCACUACGCACGCUCCCUCCUCCCCCUCCUGUUCCUCCCCGCAAUAAUAAUCGCCGCCACGUCCACGGCAACGACGGCGGCGUCGGCGUCGUACAACCGCACCUCGAAUUGCACUCUGCUCCCGGACGCUGACAUCGUUCGCAAGGCGUUCCUAGACGUCAUCAACUUCCGCCUGCCGCGCCACGGCCGUUCCGCGUGCCGCCCGGUCCGGAGGCUCCGGUUCCCUUCGAGCAACCUCACCGGGGUCCCGCGGUGGGACGAGCUCGCCAACCUAUCCAGCCUCCUCACCCUCAACCUCUCCGGCAACUCCCUCGAGGGAGAACUCCGCGGCGCAUUCUGGCGAGCACCUUCGCUGCGCGCCGUCGACCUCUCCGGCAACCGGCUCGGCGGGGCGCUCCGGUUCGAGCCGAGCACGCGUCUGCGGUCGCUGGAUGUGUCCGGCAACCGCUUCACCUCCGUCGAGGGCGUGGGCUUGCUCCAUGGCCUGGAAAGCCUCGACUUGUCCGGGAACGUCAUCGGCAAGGUGCCCGAGGGCUUGCCGCGGCUAGGAGCACAGGUUCGGCGGCUCGACUUGUCCCGGAACUCGAUGGCCGGGAGGUUUCCCGAUGAUUUUCCAAGGCUUGACGGUGUCGAGUUCUUGAAUAUCUCCCACAACAACUUCUCUGGCAUGGUCGACGCCCGCAUCGUCCGGAAGUUCGGCCCCUCCGCCUUUCUCCAAGCCGGCAACGCGUUGUUAGUUGUCGAGGACUUGGAGCCGGCGCCGGCGACCAAAGGACGAAAGAAGCACAGGCGUGUGGUUCUUAUCGUCGUGGUGGUGGUGGCCGUGGCCACGGUGGCGUUCCUGGCAGGGUGCGUCGCGUGUGGCUUGAACUUGAAGCGUGGUAAGAAGAGGGGCAAGAAGAAGGAUAAGGACGGGAAGGCGGCGGCGGCCACGUGGGACGAGGACGAGGUGGCAGUGGGGGCGGUGAAGGUGGCGGCCACGGCGCCGGUGGUCGUGCUCGAGAGGCCGCUGAUGGAGCUGACGCUUGCCGACCUGGCCGCGGCCACUUCCGGGUUCGGGCGCGAGUCGCAGCUCGCCGAUGCCGGGGGCCGCAGCGGCGCCGCGUACCGUGCCGUGCUCCCUGGGGACCUGCACGUCGUCGUGCGCGUCGUGGAGGGACCCGUGGCCGGAAUCGGGGAGGACGACGACGCUGCAGCUACGGCCGCCGCGUUCCGGGAGCUUGCGCGGCUCAGGCACCCCAACAUUCUCCCGCUCCUUGGUUAUUGCAUUGCAGGGACACAGAAGCUUCUGCUAUACGAGUACACGGAGAAGGGCGACCUACACCGGUGGCUCCACGAGCUACCAGCCGGCAGCAUGGACAUCCAAGAAUCAGGCAUCAUCAUCGAUCCCACAUGGGACGCCACGGAGGACACCUCCAACAAACCCAUAGGCGACUGGCCUACCCGGUACCAGCUGAUACUAGGGAUCGCGCGAGGGCUGGCAUUCCUGCACCAGGGAUCAUCAGGCCGGCCAAUCGUGCACGGCCAUCUGGUGCCCACCAACAUCCUUCUCGGCGACGACCUGGAGCCUCGGAUCUCCGACUUCGUGCACCCUGGCAGCAACGAGACGCCAGAGGGCGACGUGUACGGGUUCGGGGUUCUGGUGUUUGAGCUCGUGACGGGGCAGGCGAAAUGGGACGAAGCGACCGUAAGCUGGGCUCGUGGCGUUAUACGGAACAAGAAAGGGGCGAAUAUCGUGGAUGCCAGGCUGAGGGAAGAAACGGAGACGGAGACGAGGAGGACGGAGCGGGAGGCGGAGGAGUGCCUGCAGGUGGGGCUCCUCUGCACGGCCCACUCGCCUGAGAAGAGGCCCACCAUGCAGCAGGUCGUCGGGGUGCUCAAGGACGUCAGGCCAGCGCCCGCAGAUUAGCCACUGCAUGAUUCUUUCAGAUCCACCAACAUUCGGAGCCGGAUAUAUGUGCGGUGGUUUCCGAGGGCUGUAAAAUAUGCCCCCGUGCUUCUUUUGGGAGGGCCUCCUUUCGUUGGGUUGGCUUGUUUCUGUCUCGUUUUCGUCCCACUUUAUUGGUUGGUGCAACUACUUUAAUUUGUGGAAGUAGCAGUGGUGUGCUUAAUCACGAGCCGCCACGCAUGCACGUGAUGAGAGUCCGUUUCGAUUGCAAAAGAGCGUGUGCUCCGGAUAACAUCCAGAGCUAAGGCUAGGCUGACCGAUAUGGAUAAGUCCAAGGACACACAGGUCCAUCAACAACUUGUUUUGUUUCAAAUGGAUAUCGAAGCUUAAUUUUUUAUUUAUUUAGGGGAGCUUAAGUUAA